CCAAACACCUUCCUCACCCCCAGGCUCCUGGCCACACCCCUGCUGAUUUCCACUAGCUCAGGCAGUGGUUAACUCUUCCUUGCUGGGACUCUUCAGAGUCUAGUAUAAAAUGCAUGCCUCCUCCAGCCGCCUCCGCCGGUGUCUCCAAGUGUUCGCUGUCCUGCAAUGGGUCUUCUCCUUCUUGGGGCUGGCCCAGGUGUGCCUGGCCGCUCUGCUUCUUGCAUUCCUAAGCCGAGCCUGGAUCCUCGUGCUCCUCUACCUGGUCUGGCUCUAUGGAGACAGGGACACGCCGCAGGCAGGAGGCCGCCGAUUAGACUGGGUCCGCAGGUGGGCCAUCUGGAGACAUUUCCGGGACUACUUUCCCAUGUCGCUGAUUAAAACUGCAGAGUUGGAUCCUUCCCACAACUAUCUCUUCGGCUUCCACCCUCACGGCGUCCUGGUCACCGGGGCCUUCGGCAGCUUCUGCACAGAAGCCACGGGUUUCUCCCGCCUCUUCCCGGGCCUCCAGCCGCACCUGCUCAUGCUGCCCUGUUGGUUUUACCUCCCUCUCUUCCGGGACUACAUUAUGUGCGCUGGUUUGGUAUCCUCUAACAAGGCCAGCGUCGCCCAUCUGUUGUCCCGACCUGGGGGCGGCCAGGUGGCUGUCCUGGCCGUGGGAGGGCCCCUAGAGGCGCUGGAGGCAAAGCCCGGAGCACUGAGCUUGCGGAUCCGAAAUCAGAAAGGAUUUGUAAAGUUGGCGCUGGAACACGGGGCCUCCCUGGUGCCUGUCUUCUCUUUCGGGGAGAAUGAUCUCUUCCAGCAGUUCCCGAACCCGCCGGGCUCGUGGGUGCGAAGGGUACAGGAAACGCUGCAGCCCUUGCUGACAGUGGCCCUGCCGCUGUUCCACGGCCGGCUGGGCCUCCUUCUGCCCUUCCGCAAGCCCAUCCACACCGUCGUCGGGGCCCCGAUCCCAGCGCGGCGGAGCCCGCGGCCCAGCCGGGCUGAGGUGGACGCGCUGCACGCGCUGUACGUGGAGAGGCUCACGCAGCUGUUCGAAGAGCACAAGGAGCGCUACGGAGUCCCUGCCGACAGGCACCUCGUCCUCACCUAGACGCGCCGCUGUCUCCAAGUCCCUCCCCUGCCCUCGCAGUGACUGCGGAAGGGGGAGUGGGAUUAAAGACUAGAACAGA